AUAAGUGAAAAGUAAUUUUGUGUAAUAGAAUAAAAUUUAUAUAUAGACUGCUAUGGAAAUAAGUGAGUAACUUAGUUGUUUGAUGUUUUCUAAAUGAAACUGGACGUACCAAUAAAAACAAGUGCAAAGCGCGAUUAAAAUAUUGUUAAAUUCAACGUGAAAAUUUCGAGUAUUGGAGUAGAUACCCCAAGCUGUUUGACCCGUAAACAAUGUUCAGUUCGGUUUUAAUAGGAUAUACUGAUUUUUUAUCCUAAUUUCAUCCGUUAAUAAAAGUUGUACUUAGGUGCUAGCAAUUGCUUGGUGCAUUUGAGCAGAUAAUGAACACAACUUUAAAUCCUGUCACGUCUCAAACAAGUUCAGCAAGUCCUAACAAACCAAUGCAUCCCCAGGGGGCUCCAGUAUCAUACGGACAGCCUUCAGGGCCUAUAACUCAAAAUCCUUAUCCAAAUACCAACAUGGCACAUAAUCAUCCGCCAUCUCAACAGAACCAUUACUCUCUUGGUGGUAGUUCUCCUUUUAAUAUGGGUGCCAUCCCAGCUAGCAACCACCCUUUGGCUAAUAAUCAGUCAUCCAGCGGUCAGGUUUACAAUGCACCAAAAAAUGUUUCAUAUUCAAGUGGGUUUCAAAAUGCACAAAACCAAAACACAUUACCUCCCGUUGUCCAAACAUUACCAGCUACCAAUCCUACAGCUACUCCACAAGGUGUCCCCUCAUCACAAAAUUUAUCAAAUUCCAAUUCAAAUUCCACUGUACAAGGUAAAGAACCUUCAGUAGAAAAGGAAAAGCCCCAGUCUAAUGGUACCACCGAAGAGGAACCAUCAACACCAGUGGAAGAAAAACCAGAACCUCAGGAAAAUCAUGUGAUACCUGAAUCUUCAAACACAACUGAAACCUCUGAAGUACAAGAACCCCUAAGGGAACCUCCACAAGAAACUCCUGAAGAAUUAACAACUGAAAAACCUAAAUCUCCCGAGCAAUCACAGCAAGAAGCUGAAACAGCUCAACAACCCCCUCAAGACAAAGUAGAAGAAGCUGCAUCAGUUUCACCUUCAGUAUCAGAUUCUGUUCAAGAUGCAGAGUCAAUUCCAGAUCCUACACCAGACCCAACGCCAUCAAUAGCAGAAGCUGCAGAAUCUGUAACUAGACCAAUUACCCCUCCUACUUUAGUAACUGAACCUGCAAAAUCUGCCACACCUGCCACGCCUCAGAAAGAGAAAGCUGAACCUGAAACAGUUCAAAAUGAGACAGUUGCAGAAGAACCAGAAAAAGUAAAAGAUGCUUCAGAAAUAGAUCCAUUAGCUGAUCCACUUGAAACAGCGGCUGCUGAAAAAUCUGCACAAGAAAAAGAUGAAGUUGAAGCUGAAAACAAAGAAGAAAGUGAAGAUAAUGAUGAAGGUGAAGAACAGUCGAAUGAAGAGGCAACAGAAGCUGAAAACGUCCAAAAAGAUGAAGAUCCACUUGCUAAAACUCCACCAAAAACACCGGCAAGAAAAACCAAGGCUGUUAAGCCAGAAGCCAAAACAGAAACGAAAACUCCACAAAAAUCACCUGCCACUGGGAAAACAAAAAGACAAAGAAUGAUGACGCAGCACUACCAAAGCCCCUUACCUGAAAUUGAAAUUAUAACAAAAAUUAGCUCGUCCACGCCUCGAAGUAAAAAUAACGACGAUAAACUUAUUUAUUUCUAUAAAAAUGAAUUUCUUGCUGUUAGAAACUCAGAGGGGGGUUUCUAUUUAUGCCAGGCGAUACAAAACGUAUACAAAUCUUCGUCGAAGAUAAAAAUUCGUUGGCUAUCUCAAGACAAAACUGAUAAAAGUGGGGAGAUAUACACUCCCGACUUUUAUGAUUUGACAGAUUUCGACUGCAUUUUAACUAGUUUAGAUUUGACGAAAGUCGGUAAAGGAAGAUAUAAACUAAAACCCAAGGAAAAGGAGAGGACGGACAGCAUUUUGAAAAGAUGUUUGGCUGUUGAAAAGGGAGAAAUUUCUCAACCUUCCGUAUCUGAGGAACAUCCCGAUGGUCUGGACUUAUCUUUAUAUAAAGAUGAAGAACAAUUAGUGAAAAAGAAGUCUCCCGUAAAACGCAAAGCUCCACCGAGAUCAGAGUCACCUAAAAAAGAAACUCCAACCAAGAAAGCUCCAGAAACACCGAAAGUUCGAAAGGUCGAGCCGAAACCGUCGAAAACCCCUACGCCAGCAAAGAAACAAACACCCGCUAAAAAGCUCCCUGAACCCAAAAAGACGCCGGCAUCGACGAGCAGGUCUGCUAGGGGGAAGAGAAAAAGUGAACCAAAAACCAGCCCUGUGGUGGAUCAGAAAAAGGCCAAGGUAUUAGCCAAAAUUGGAAGGAAAUCUGCUGUUUCUUCCAGUAGCCCGAAGCCUCAAAGUACUCCUAAAAGUAGUGCAAAGUCUCCAAAACCUACUCCUUCUACUUCAAAAGCCACAAAACCAGCACCAGCAAGUUCUAAGCCACCACCACCAAGAAAAACUAAGAGGUCAACCAGGAAGUAAAUUAAUUUUCAGAUGAUGUGUAUAUUUUUUAUUUUUUUUUGAAAUUAAUUUUUUAUGGAUUACGUACCCAUAUAUAACGAGUAGAUGCAUAUCAUGAGGUUUUUCAAAAAGUUAUGAUAUGUGUUUUCAAAAAAUAUUUGAAUAAUGGAUCCAAGUACUACAGAGUAUUGAAAGAAAAAUUAGUAUUUCAAGAAAAGGCCUUAUGAUCUUCCUAAAAAAUAUAGUUCAAAUUUUCAUUAUGACAUGUGUAAGAGGGUCCAUUUUUCAAAAUGUUGCAAUGUUUAUAGUUACAUAUACUUAUAUAAUGGCCAUUACACGCAAGGGAGUCUAUUUUACAUUUUGUUUUGUGUACAGUAGAUUUCUCUAUUAUGAAAGAAUUUUAGGAAUAUUGUUUAAUAAGGAAAGUGUACUACUAGAUUAGUGUUAAAAGAAUAUGAGAGUUUUUUCAGAGUUUUUAAACCAUUUAAGUCGUGGCUUUAAAGUCGCCUAUUGAAAAUUUGACAAUUUUGACAAUUGAACAUGCUUACGAGUUUGAAAGGCAUUGAAGGACUUUCCGUACAACACUUUUUGGUUUUUUUACUGUUUAUACACUUGUAUUUUGUUCUUGGUUUUCAUCCCUGUAUGGAAAACUUUGAAUAUUUAAGAAGCGACUAACAUGAUAAUUAAUCAAAUUUAAGAAAUAAGUGAUUUAUCAUCGUUUAGAUCUGCAGAGUGAUUUUUUUAGUGUCCUACAUAUCUGUAUUUGAAAUAACUCAUGAGAUCUAUAACUUGCUGUGAUUUAUCGUACUUAUAUAUUUAGUAAUUUAUUUAAUUUUUAUUAUUUAUUUAGUAUGAAGUAUAUUUUUCCUGGAAAAUAGAUAGGUUAAUCCUACUGUUGCACUCUUUCAAUUCAUAAACCUAACUCUAUUAAUUAUAGUUUUGUGAUAUGGAUUUUAAAGAACAAACAAUUCCUUGACCGUUUGACCAUAUUCUAAUGUUACUCAGCCAGACCCAGCGUUUUCCUUCAAUUUUGUCCUGAGAGAUAGCCGGAGUAAGCGAUAUUAAGGUCCUCUCAUUAUAUGACCAAACUCUUGGAUCUUUCUCAUUUUGGCAAAUGUUGAUCAAUUCCCCUCUUUGUGUGUGGUCUAUAUCAUAUGUUCAUAAUACCCGCUUUACACCAACAAUAAAUUGAUGAAGAAAUUGACCAACUUCUUUAAUGUCAAAUUUGACGUGAACAAAACACAAUUUUACAUCCAAUUUUGCCGUGAAUAAAAAAAAAAAUGAAGAAAUUUGACGAAAUAAAAUAUGUCCUAUAACAGAACAUGUUCUAUCUCGUCAAAUUCCUUCAUUUUCUUUUGAUUCACGGUAAAAUCACAGAACACUUUAGGUGAUUUGUGGGUAAAAUUGGAUGUCAAAUUGUACUUUGUACUAAAAACCAUACAUUUUGUACACGUAAAAUUUGAGCUUCAAGAAAUUGGUCAAUUUCUUCAUCAAUUUAUUGUUGGUGUAAAGCGGGUUUCAGAUAUGCGUGCUGUCCUUGAGUUCUGAGCAUACGAUGGUAACACCACAACUCAGAUGCUUCUGAUUUAUUAAGAUUUUUUCUCUUAGAUCUGCGGUCAAUGACUCCUCUGCAGCACAAUGCAGAACUCCAGUUAAUAAAGCUCUUUCGUGCAAGUUCUAUUCUGGUCGAAAUUUCCUCGUCGCUUUCAACCCUGCAGUCAAUCUAGCUACCCAGAUAUCUAAGGUGUUCCACCCUUUCCAGGAUUUUGUUAUCUAAUUUUAGUACCGAGUCUUCGAUAGUAAUUUCUCCGACCGCGAUCCAUUUUGUUUUCUUUGCGUUGAUUGUUAAGUCCUUUUCAGUGCAUUCGUUGUUUACACCAUUCAACAGGGUUUGAAGGUUUUCUAGACUGCCGUUAUGGAGGAGUCAUCUGCGUAUCUGAAGUUAUUAAUAAUUUCACCACCGAUUUUAACACCUUCACGACGGUUAUUUUAACGCUGUCUCAAAAACUGGUUUAGAGUAGGCAUUAAACAACAUAAUAAUUGAGAAGUAAUUUGUCCAAGUUUGCAUAUAAUUGUCAAAAACAAUGACAAAAAAUAUGUAUGACAACAUAUUUCUGUUCAGUUAAAUUUAUUAUUUUUUCGACAAAGUGUUUUUUUAUUACUGUGAAUAGACCAAAUGUGUCGUAAAUAAUAUACAAAAAUUAACAAAAAAGCGCUGAUUAUUUAUAAAUCUGAACAGUUAAAUGAGGAGCUCAGUCCUAGUACUAAUAAAACAAAAUGGGAAAAAAUAGCUUAUGAAGUAUUUAAAUCCCCAUAUUUUUAACAAACUUCUAUCAAAAAGGUUGAAGUCGUGUUUGCUAAUGUUUACUCAGACCGAAGAACGAAUAAUAAAUACUUUUUAAGUCUCAUGUAAGUAAUAUUUCAAUUUUUAAUAACAAAUAAACUAAGAAGCAAAUGGUUUAUGAAAUUUGAAAUAAAACUUUCAUAUAUUUGUCAAUUUUAAUUUUUGGAGUAACUAUAAUUUACAAAUUUUUCGCAGUGCUGAAACUGAUACAAGGAACAGAUAUUAAACAGUACGCCUAUAAGCAGGUAUAUUUUUUGUUGGUUAUUGUUCGUGUUUUUAGAAAGUUACAAGUGAACCAAAACACAUUAAUUUUGAAAUGCAAAGAGUAUGUCUUUAUUAUGUUAGUGUAUAUUUAUUCAUAGCCGAUUGACAAUUUCAUUGAAACUAUUUUAUUGCAGAUUCCAAUGACGUCAUAACGCACGUUGGAAUCUAAGUUAGCUAAUUGACAUAUGACUUUAAUAUUUUAUGUCAAAAUUGAUGGUAGUUAUAUAAGAAUGUCAGUUUAUCUAAUAAAGUAUGGAAAAUAUUUGUUUCGUAUUAAAUAAACAUUCUUUCAAAUUUAGAAUUGAAGAAAACUAAGAUUUAAUAUAGUAUUGAAUGAUUACAUUAUUCGUGUAGUAAACAUUUACUAUUCAUUUUUGUGAAUAUUUCAUGACACAUGUAAAAAUAAAAAUAAAGUUAUUUUUAAUGGA